GAGUUUGUGGUGUACAAGAAAUACAAUUGUCUAUGGAGCAUAUUGCCUCAGUUUUUUCCAAAAGCUUCACAUAUCAUAACGAGUGUUUGGUAACUCGGCGACAUGCUGACAAUGAUGCUUUGGUCCUAGAUGUUGGUGGUAGGCUUUAACGAAUCUAGGACAAGCAUGGUAUGGUGGUCUUGUGCGCAGUAGCGGAGUUAGAUCAAAAUAUUCGGAUGGGCUGUAAAAAAAUUAAAUUUGUAUGUAUAUAAAAAAUUUAAGUUGUAAUCAAUACAUAUUUGAUUAUAAAAAAAUUUAAACUACGUAACUUAAAAUAAUACGUACUCAUUGAACGCGAUUAGAAAUCAUCAAUAAAUGAAUGAAAAAAUAUAAUAAUUUUCAUCGUGGCAUACAGUUACAAACAACAGAUACAUUAACUUUUUUUUCUUUUAAAUUUCUAAAAUUAUACAUGUCUAGAAUAAAAUAACAUAAAAAAUAAGUUUUAUAACGUUAAAAGAUGUCAUUAAAUAGAAUCAAUUAAGGUUUCAAUCUAAUAACCAAAUAAUAACCAAAAAAUAGUCAUGAAAUUCUCUUAUUAUACAGGGUGCAAAAAGUAACUAAAAAAACUUACGAAAUGGACAAUACCGAAAGAAAGCCCAAAGAAAUAAAAAAAAAAAAAGAAGAAAAGAAAGUAUGAUGCACGCUCUUCCAGAUAGCGUGAAACGAUAACAUGACAUGUAAGUAUAACUAUGAAGUGAAAAUGCCCCAAUAUAUAUAAACGUCGUCGUUCACACCGUGCCACAACCAAUCAUCUUUCUCUUCUCCGCUAUCUCACCACCCGCAAAACCCUUCUUCAUCAAUUCCUUCUCUUCACUUUCCACUCUCUCAAUUUUCUCUCUCAUUUCCCUAAUCGCAUCGCUCUCUACUUCAGAGCUUCUUUUUUUCUUGAUUUUUUUUCCCAUUUUGAUUUCUAGGGUUAGGGAUUUUUCAGAUUUUUCAUUUCAAUUUUUUUUUGUUGUUUUUUGCUGGUUUGAGUUUUCUUCUCGCACUGUCUUCUGGCGUGGAGGCACUGUUGAUUGUUGUUGUUUAAUGGAGGCCACGGCCGCCGCAGCAGCUGCCGCUCGCGGCGUUUCUCUUCAGUUGCAGACUCCGCCGAGGAAAGAAUGGCGCGCUGUUGCUGAACAUCAUCAUUCCUCAAGAAACCCUGAUGACGAGGAGUUUGUAAACCCAAAACUAGGGCAAUCAGAUGAGAGAACCAUAUAUGAGCAAGGAAGAGAGCCUCAAGAUGUUGAUUAUUGUUCGAUAACAAUGGAUGGAACAUUAGACAGUGAUAUCAUACAGCAACAGAUCCAGACUGUUGUUAGACAAAGGCAGGAAAUACUGCAAAUGGAGAUUGAACUAAAAGCUCAAAUCAUUGCCAGAUCUGAGAUAAUGGAAAUGCGAAGCAACUUUGAUGCUCAACUCAAGGAGCAUGCUAACAAUGCCAGCAAGUUUCAGGAGCAACUUUUAGAAAGGGAGCGUGCAAUUCAUGAACUGGAAAGGAAAAUGGAAGAGAAAGACAGAGAGCUACAUAAUAUUAAAUUAGAUAAUGAAGCGGCGUGGGCUAAACAAGACCUUCUCCGUGAGCAAAACAAAGAACUUGCAUCCUUCAGAAGGGAGCGUGAUCAUUCAGAAGCUGAAAGAGCUCAGCAUAUACAACAAAUACAUGAUCUGCAAGAACAUAUUCAAGAAAAAGAUAGGCAACUUAUUGAGUUGCAGGAACAAAAUAGGGUUGCUCAGGAGACAAUUAUGUUUAAAGAGGAACAGGUUAGAGAGGCCCAAGCAUGGAUAACUCGUGUUCGCGAGAUGGAUGUUUUCCAAUCAACAACAAACCAGUCAUUACAGGCUGAAUUGCGAGAGCGCACAGAACAGUAUAGUCAGCUUUGGAUGGGUUAUCAGAGACAGUUUGCAGAGAUGGAGAGACUUCAUUUGCAUGCUAUUCAGCAGUUACAGCUUGAGCUGGCUGAUGCAAGAGAGAGGGCUGGGACUUACAAUGAUGACUCUCGAAUGUCCCAAGUAAAUUCAAAAAGUAAUGUAGCUCAGUAUGGACAGGAAAAUGGAAGCCAGUUUGACUUGAAUGGAGGCAAUGCUUCUGGUGGAAAUAAUGGUCUCCUUACAAAUGAGAACUCAGAAAAUGGUCCCCAAUUUUCAACUUCAGGCAAUCCUUCAAUUCAGACUGAUCAUGCUCAUAGUGUCCCCAUUGCUCCAUCAUCUCUGAUUGUACCCCACUCAUACCUCCCACCUGGUCAAGUUGCUGCAUUGCACCCAUUUGUUAUGCAUCAACAAGGAGUGCCCAAUUCUGUUGCACCACAUGUCCCUCAGUCUCAUGUUGGACAUUUUCAUCCAGUGCCCACAAUGUCACCUCUGCAACAGUGGCAAAAUCAACAGGUUGUUUCAGAGGGCUUGCAGGCAUCCGUACAGGAUAAUCCCUCCUCAUCCCAAGCUGAUCAAAGUUUGAUCAGAUCAGAUGCAAAGUUUAAUUAUGAAAUGUCUGUUAAUGGGCAAAAUCUUCCUAGAGACUAUUUAGAUGCUCAUGUCCACCAACGCCAGGAGGCACAAACUGUGGUUUCACCAUCCACUGGGGAGACACAGUCGGUUGAUAAAGAUCAACUUAUUGCUUCCCAACAAAGUUUACAACAGAUUUCUUCACAGUUCUCUGAGGCCUUAAGAUUGAACUCUUUUAAACCAAAUGGUGAAAUAAAGAAUUCGGUGACAUUAUCUAAUGAUGGACCUGCGAGCCAAAUAUUAUUAGCUGAGCAAGCAAGUUCUGUUGCAAAUGCAUCAUCUGUUGCAAGUCAUUCUGCUGGUGAAAUGAUACAGAACAAUUCCGAUACAGUCUUGUCUGAAGCAUUCGCCUCUUCUGUGCAGACAGCUUCAACAACAAUUACAAAGGUUCCAGAGAUUGCUCUUCUUGAUGAAAGGUCAUUGUUAGCAUGUAUUGUCCGCACUAUUCCAGCUGCUGGCCGAAUUCGAAUUAGUUCAACGCUCCCUAAUAGACUGGCCAAGAUGCUUGCACCUCUACAUUGGCAUGAUUACAAAAGAAAAUACGGGAAGCUGGAAGAUUUUGUAUCUAGCCAUCCUGAAUUAUUUUUGAUUGAGGGUGACUUUAUUCAACUCCGCGAAGGGGCACAUAAAAUGAUAGCCGCAACCGCUGCUGUUGCAAAAGUUGCUGCAGCUGCCGCAGCAUCAUCUCCUUAUUCUUCGUAUAUGCCCGCUGUAGCAGUCACACCAAUGGCUCAAUCUCAUCGCUUAAAGAAAUCUCCUUCAACUGACUCUAAAAUUAUGAAAACUGAAAAGGCACUUCAGGAAUAUACAGUCAUCUCUUCAAAUAUGGGUGACGAUCCGUCUAAACUGUCAUUAAUGCAGCAUCAACAAUCCAAUGGUGCGUGCUUCAAUGUUGCCGGAGGUCUUUCAAAUGUUAAGAUUUUGAGUAAGCCCAAGGAUUCUCGUGAAAUGAAUGGCCCUGAAUAUAGUGUUAUCCAGCCUUCUGCACAAUUAUCCGUUGGAAAUGGGGGAAACCUUAGACCAAGUAUGAUCAGUGGCCAAAAUUCCGUCCCAGCAAAUGGGAGGUCGACUGCCGCUGUGCACCCUUCUCGAAGAUAGGAAGGUGCAGGGACGUAGAUUAUCCUGUGGCGCCAGGUUGAAGAUUGAAACAUAUAUGGUCAUGUCUUACUGUUGUGGGAGAACUUAUUUAAGCAUCGUCACAGUAAUUAAUUAUGAUCUGAGUUGAUGAUGCUAUCCCCAUAUUUUGUAGUAAUUUAUUUCUCCCCCGCAAUUUUAUCAGUGUGCUUCUGUUAAUUUGGCCUCGAGCUUUGAUAUUCAUGCAUACAUUGCAUCUUUUAACUGAUUUUUUGUGAAUGCUUGAAAGAUUAAUCAAUGUAGUUAUCAUUUUCAGUUUGCCA